GACAUGGGUAUCGAAGUUCUUUUCGGCUUGUUUUAGAAGGUUCUCCGACGUGGCCCAAAUCCAACUGGUCACCAGCAACAAGUAGCUGAAGUAACUGUAACCAAGCAAAGCUCUCCUCUCGGAAGAGGUACUAACUAGGAACGAUAAUAUGUCGAAGACAGGUGAGGUCGUAUGCGUUACCGGUGGAAGUGGGUGCAUUGGAUCAUGGCUCGUCCGUCUCCUCCUCGACCGUAAUUACACCGUCCAUGCCACUGUCAAAGAUCUCAAGGACGAGGGUGAGACGAAGCAUCUAGAAGCCCUAGAAGGAGCAGCGACGCGUCUCCGUCUCUUCCAGAUCGACCUCCUCGACUACAACUCCAUCUUCGCCGCCAUCAAUGGCUGCUCCGGCGUCUUCCACCUCGCCUCUCCUUGCAUCGUCGAUCAAGUCCAAGACCCCGAGAAGGAGCUUCUGGACCCGGCGAUCAAAGGAACGCUUAAUGUUCUGACGGCAGCGAAGCAGGCUGGGGUCAUUCGAGUGGUGCUGACAUCCUCCAUCUCCGCCAUCACUCCCAGCCCUCGCUGGCCGUCCGAUAAGAUCAAGGGUGAGGAUUGCUGGACCGACAUUGACUACUGCACGCAGAAGGGAUUGUGGUAUCCAUUGUCGAAAACUUUGGCAGAGAAAGCUGCGUGGGAAUUUGCCAAGGAGAAGGGAUUGGAUGUGGUUGUAGUGAAUCCUGGCACCGUGAUGGGCGAUGUCAUUUCGCCCAGGCUCAAUGCUAGCAUGGUGAUGCUAGUCCGCCUUCUUGAGGGCUGCACUGAAACAUACGAGAACUUCUUUAUGGGAUCUGUGCAUUUUAAAGAUGUAGCUCUUGCACACAUUUUAGUGUAUGAGAACAAAUCGGCCACUGGUAGGCACCUGUGCGUUGAAGCUAUAUCACAUUAUGGUGACUUCGUGGCCAAGGUAGCUGAACUUUACCCCGAGUACAAGGUUCCGAGGAGUUUGGUUUCCUGAUAACAACAAUAAGCGUCAGAAUGUCAAAUAUGCAGUAUCGUGAAACUGAUACCCUAUGUUAUAAUUGAUAGCAAAACAACAGAUGAUCAAGCUCAACCUCAUCAUAACACAGCUAGAGCUCAAUGUACUGAAUUAUGUUCUCACAAAUGGUUCUAACUGAUUGUAUUUACUUAGACAGGUUGAGUGGUUUUGGGGAUUAGUCUGUAACUGUAUUGCUAAAGCUUACUAUAAGUACUUGUAAAUCCUUCUCCAAAAAUUAAUGAGAAAAAAUAUGUUAUUUUACAAUAAUUACUGUCAAGACAUCAAAUGCUUCAUUGCAACUUCUUUUACUGCCAGCACUCCUUUUACAGUCAUUCCAUGAACACAUGGCUUUGAAAUUG